GAACGACGUGACGUCAUCGGGUCAAAGUUUACAGCUAUGGCGUCAGGAAAUGGAUUUGCUUCUUUGGGCGUGGAGGGAGUUACAGCAGCCGCACAGGCUCUGUCUCUACCAGCUGAGGCUUAUGGGAACGAUCCUCAACUGGAGGUGAUGUGGGCGAUGAAGGCUUACAAUCAUGCAGAGAUCUACUUUAAUCUGAUCUCGUCGGUAGACCCUAGUAAUCUGAAGCUGACCAAGGUGGAUGACCGGAUCUAUACGUCCUUCAGAGAAUCCUUCUCAGACCUCAACAUCAAGAACUUGGACCCAGACAUGCUCAAAACCGCAGAUGCCAAAGAGAAGUGGCGUCCGUUCUGUAACCAGUUUGACGGGGUGGUGGAGGACUUUAACUACGGGACUUUGCUACGACUUGACUGUGAGAGGGACUACACAGAGGAAAACACCAUAUUUGCCACCAGGAUCCAGUUCUUUGCCAUCGAGAUCGCUAGGAACAGAGAAGGAUUCAACACCCCUGUAUUCCAGGCAAAAAAACAGCCUUCUUAACCCAUACCUUAUAACCUCUUUAGCCUAGUCUAACACCCCUAUAAACCCAACCUCCUCUAUCCCAGGAACAGAUGUUUCAACAGCCCUGGUUACCAGGCUUAACAUCCAUCUCCUUACACUUUUCCUGUGAUCGUCCACAUAUCAGGUCUACUGGAUACUAGACCAGUGGCACGUUCAGCAGGGCACCACGUUGUGGAAUGUUCAUAGAUAUUAUGUAGAACAAACAAUUCAUGACAUUUCUGUCUACAACGUUUUCUUACUGAACGUGGCCCAGAGGUCCACCCCCCACACACCAGCCUGCAUCCCACUGUGUGUAUGAGUGCGUGUACUGAUGUCCAAACUGAUCAUGGUAGCUACAGUGCCUUCAAAGUAUUCACACCCCUUGACUUUUUCCACAUUUUGUUGUUACAGCCUGAAUUUAAA